CAUUAUUUGAAAAUCCUGCUCCUGUCAAAGCACAGCAAGAGGACUCAGAAUGAUUUAUGGAAAGAAGUUGUGGUUUCUUGCACUUGCUUGCCUAUUUGGUAUCCUAGAAGACUUGAGUAGGAGAGGAAGAGUUGCAAAUCCUGAAGUUCACAUGAAUGUCAGUGAGGUGAUUUCCUACAAUGGAUACCCCAGUGAAGAGUACGAAGUGUUAACGGAUGAUGGCUAUUAUUUGACAAUUAACAGGAUACCCUUUGGGCAAAAAAAUCUUCCAGUGGGAGGUCCCAAGGCUGUUGUGUUGUUGCAACAUGGAUUGAUUACAGAAGCUAGCUACUGGGUUGAAAAUUUGGCCAACAACAGCUUGGGAUUCAUAUUAGCGGAUGCUGGCUAUGAUGUUUGGCUGGGGAACAGCAGAGGGUCAAGCUGGUCUCGGAGACACCAACAUUUGUCAACUGACCAGGAUGAAUUUUGGGAUUUCAGUUUCCAUGAAAUGGGCAUGUAUGACCUUCCAGCAGUGAUCAACUUUAUUUUGAAGAAAACUGGGCAGAAGCAACUGUAUUAUGUAGGCUACUCUGAAGGUGCUACCAUUGGCCUCAUAGCAUUUUCAGCCAUACCAGAGCUGUCUCAAAAAAUCAAAACAUUCUUUGCCCUGGCUCCUGUGAUUUCUCUUAGGUAUGCAACAAGUCUUCCUUUCGAACUUGGUGUCUUCCUUCCUGAAUAUUCAUCCAAGGGGCUGCUUGUCAGAGGAGAAUUUUAUCUGCCUUACAAGGCUUGGAAAUACUUCAUCAACACAAUAUGCAGUGUUUCACUACUGCAUACAGGCUGUGCAUAUACCAUUUUCCUUUCGGGUGGAAUCAAUUUUACAAAUAUAAAUAUGAGUCGACUGGAUGUAUAUGCAGCUCACUUUCCAGAUCGAACAUCAUCUAAAAACAUUGUACACUGGAAACAGGUAAGAGAAUCGGGAAUAUUCAGGUGUUUUGACUACGCGGAUGAGAAUCAGGCAAUAUAUAACCAGAGCUUUCCUCCUGAAUAUAAAAUAGAGGAAAUGACUGUGCCAACUGCAGUGUGGUUUGGUGGGGAUGACAUAAUUGCAACCCCAGGAGAUAUAGACUUCUUACUUCCUCGUAUCACUAACCUGAUUUACUAUGAAAAUAUAUCACACUGGAACCACUGGGAUUUUCUCUGGGGCCUCAGUGCCCCCAGGCUCCUGUACAGCAAAAUCAUAGAGUUGAUGGGGAAGUCUCUGUAAAUAAAUACUUUGCUAAGAUGGCUUUAACUUCAUUUCCUUUAUUGACACAUCUUUCUUUAACACCUGUCACAAGAAACCCUGUGCAGUAAGCUACGCUGGUGUGGAAAGCCUUUCUAGUAUUUAAAGGUGUUUCAUUUUUUUCCUGGAUCAUGUCCAUUGUUUUGGUCACAUUUGCCCCAUACAUUUGAAGCACUAUGAUAUCAUUUUAGCAGUUAUCAUUUCCCCAAAGAAUGCUGGGAAGUGUAGUUUGUUAAGGCUGCUGAGAGUUGCUAAGAAAGCCCUGUUCCUCUCACAGAGCUACAGUUGUCAGAGUAGUUUAACAAUCAAUCCCUCUUCCCAGGGAAAGUUUAAUGUGUUAUUAUGUUUUUAUAUAUGUUGGAAGAUGCCCAGAGUGCCUGGGGCAACGCAAUCAGAUGGGUGGGGUAUAAAUAAUAAAAUUAUUAUUAUAAUUAUCAUGGAAUAGCAUUUCAUUGGAGAAAUGUUGGCGGAUAUGUUAAAGCUUUCUUGCAUUCAUGCACACUUGCAAAACCUGUCCUAACUGGUUUCUCAAGCAAGGUGUUUUAGUAAAUUGAGAAGUUCUAUAAGUCCGUAUAAUUAUAGCCAUGGUUUUCCCAGUAGUGAUGUAUGGAAGUGAGAG